AGAGCAGAGCAGGGGGCUCGGUGUGAAGUUUCAUGCCCUUCGUUGUUGCUUUGCAAAGCAUUGGUGCAUUUGGCUCUCUGGUCCAUCUGACGUACGCGUGUAUUAUGCUGGGGUUCUUGUGCUCAGAGGGUGGAUAACCGUGCUCUACAAAGAAGACCUGGAAAGGACUUUGCAGGCUGCUGCAUGAGGCUCCUGCAGCCAUGUCCUGGACUCGCUCUGUCACAGCAGUGUGCCAGCAGCUCCAUCCUGCAGGGCUCAGCAGGGCACGGCAGAGAUCCAGGCGGUCAGAAUGAGAAGAACAACUGCUAAUAAAGAUGGAAUUUACCAGUUUGAACUGGAUACAAAAUGUAAGGCAAUUCAGGACAACAUUUUGUCAUCGUCGUUCAAGAAGAAAAGGUAUCCAGAAGAUUAUUAUCUUCACAUAGUCAAAAAACUGCAGAACUGCACCUGGGUAAGGAGACCGGAAGAAUCAGCAAAAUUCAGGUCAGAGUUAGCUUCCUGCUGUAAUGCAGUUCACAAUUUUAUUGCUUCUCAAAACAACACCCCACUGGGAAGUAACAUGAGUUAUGAAGUGGACAGUAAAAAGACCAUCCUCAUUACAGAAGACAUUUUUAGAAUGCUGCCUGUGUCCUCUCCUCUUUCAGUUUAUCCCUUCAAGAACUGUGCAGUGGUUGGAAAUGGAGGCAUUCUGAAAAAUUCCAGCUGUGGAGCUGAAAUCGAUCGUUCUGACUUUGUGUUUCGGUGUAACCUCCCUCCAACAAUGGGAAGCAUUAGCAAAGAUGUCGGCAAUAAAACAAACCUUGUGACGGUUAAUCCAAGUAUCAUAGCUCAGAAAUACAACAAACUAAAUGAAAAGAAGACAGAAUUUGUGGAGAACGUUGCAGUCUAUGGAGAUGCUUUCCUUUUAUUGCCGGCAUUUUCCUUCAGAAGCAACACGGCUACUUCUUUUAAAGUCUAUCACACUUUGCAGGAGUUCAAAGCAACCCAAAGGGCAAUAUUUUUUCACCCCACCUAUCUGAAAAAUCUUGCCCAGUUUUGGAGAACUAAGGGUGUAAAAGCCUACCGGUUAUCAUCUGGUUUUAUGAUCACUAGUGCUGCUGUUGAGCUGUGUGAGAAUGUGAAGCUUUACGGCUUCUGGCCUUUCUCAAAAUCCACAGAGAAGAUGCCAAUCAGCCACCACUAUUACGACAACCAGCUGCCCAAACCAGGUUUCCAUGCAAUGCCCAAGGAAUACAACCAGAUCCUUCAGCUUCAUGGCAAAGGCAUUUUGAAGUUGCAGUUUGGUAAAUGUGAAUCAGACUAAAAAGGGUGAUGAUCCAAAGGAGACAAUUUGUGUAUAUCUUAUCACCUCGAUGUUGGAUUUGAUCUGAUGUGAUUUUGUGAGCAUUAAACUGCGUUAUUACAAUAGAUAAAUAUUUUACAUCUGGGGAGAAAAGGAAGGGAUUUUUCUCACAUUGACUGCUACAUUCCCGAUUCUUAAGUAUUCAUUUUUUAAAUACAAAAUAACAUUUAUGUGUAAAUUCUGAAACUUCUGACUGUGGUUUUAAUUGUAGCAAAGCACAAUCUCAGGAUGGUGGCAAUAUAUGACAUUCGUAAUGUUUUUCUUUUCGAAGUAUCAUUAAAUUAUUUUGAUGUAAGGUCUCUGGUUUAAUCGAUAUCAUGGAACACGGACAAUAGUCUCUGUAUGGUAGCUGCCCAAGCUGGUAGUGAAUGCUUUCAAUUAAGAAGUUGGUCCUAGCGUUUGCCUACAUGAGAAAGGUUAUGAGAAGAGCUACAGUGGAGUUAUUAAUUCAGAGCUGAAUCAUUCCUGGUUUGUCCCAGGGUGCACAAAUGAAAAAGAAAUCCCUCAGGUUAGAGGUAGUCAAGUAGUUCACGUGCUUUAAUUUUGUGGCCAGUGAGUAAUGCUGUAAUGUAAUGGGAUCACUCCUGUGAAUUGUGUUAAUUUUGUGAAGAAGUGUUUGAGGAACCAGAGCUGUAUAAUUAUUUUUAAACCCCUCUUCUUGCUUGUAUUCCUGUCUAAGGUCCGGUUCAGCUCCAAAUGAGGACAAUCAAGCAGGUUUCAUGCUGCAUUCUCUGGAGUCCUGGUAGGGCAUGACUUUGCAGACAUUCCUACAAUCCCAGAUCCAUAUCUGUGCUGACAUAUGUGACGGUCUAUUCACUAGAAAAAAAUAAUCUAUACCAGCCCUAGCAUUUUUUCUCUUUCUUUUUCACCUAGCAUAACACCUUUCCCUAUGUGACUGCUGAAAAAGAAACUGCAUUGAGCACUGUUAGAAGAACGUGUCUUUUAGAGCCAGCCUCAGACUCUUCUCCUAUACUGGGGCAUAUGAGAAAGAAAACUACAGUCACUUAAUUAAAACCCCAUGCAGUUCUUGUGCUUAAAGUUUCCGUAUGGUCCAGUGGAGCAACAUUCUGCAGUGAGCACAAGUGAAAUAAAGAUUCACAUUAAUGUUAAUGGGAGCUACGGGCACUUGUUCCUCUAGCUGUGGCUGCUAGUAUAUUACUGCUUAUUCUUUUUUACUGCAGAAAAAACAAUUGUAGUAUCCAUUUUCUGUUGCAAGAGGCUUUUUUUGAGUCUACUGAAUGAUCAAUUCAAUGAUAGAAUGUCCUUCCUAUCCCUUUAGUCAGAUACUAUCAGGUUUUUCCUUACUAAAACCCAUCUUACUACAGUACCACUAAAUCCUCAAUCAACUGAUAGUUUACAGAGCAUUCAGUAUUCCACUCAUUGAGGAUUAUUUCUGAAAAAAAAAAAAAACACCCAAAAAACCUACUUAAAAGUAUUGAACCUUAUAAAGUAUACUUUUAGACUGAUAUCUUGUAAGAGCAUUUCUAUAUUGCUGUAAUAUUUGAAAGCUUAACUUGCAGCAGUUUUAUAAUCACAUAAAUAAUCCUAGAAAUGUUUGAGUCAGUUGUUAUCAUUGCAGGUCUGUUAGCUGAGAAAUGUUCAGCAUUUUGAUCCAUUUCCAAGCUGAUAUCAGAAUCUCACUGCUCCUACCCUGAAGUGGCCCUAAACUCAGCUACAUACAUCAGCACCAAGUUCAUUUUUUUUUGCAAAACAAGGUUUUAAAAAAAAUAGAUAGUGCUUUGGGGUGUUGAAUGACACCACCAAUACACAAGUGGACCAGUGACUAUCAGUAGGGCUUUUAAGAGAAGCAAAGAUGUCAUAAUUGAGCUGAUGGACACAGCUGCCUUACCAGCUGGUGGCUGGAAGAGGCGAACACAAGGGCUUGAUUCACUGAGACUGUUCUGGUUCCAGCACCACACGUCCGUGUUUUGUCCUCACUAGCAAUGGAAUCUGUGCCAGUUUCUGGCCACAGGCAUCUGCCACUCAUACAGAGCUAGCUGCUGUAAGACCUUCCAUCCACAUUAUGAGUGUGGUGGAUGAUUGCCUGCUGCAAGACCCCAGACACAUAGAAGACAAAUUUACUGCAAGAAGAGCUCUUCUAUGUCAUAAAUCACUCAUGUAGACUGUACCUGAGUGUAACAAAGCUGUGAAAAGUGGUGUACUCGUACUUUGAGUGAUAAGAACAACUGAGAUUGAGAACCACUUCAUAUUUCAUCCAGGAGACAAAAUACCUGUACUCAGACGAAGGCUGUAGCUUAUUCCUGCCUGGUGUCAUGCAAUGAGGUGAUCUCAGCCAUGUAGCAAUUCCUCCUUCUUGUUGUGUUGUGUUCUGUGCAGAUCAUGAUUUCAGAAGACUCCACAGAUUUUUUUCAUUCCUUCCCAAAACUGCUUCGCUUCUUCUGUCCUGGCUGGCUCCAUCAUCUUCAGCUCAGCCCAAGGAGAUAUCAGUGCCACAUGUGCAGUAGAGCAUUAAAGAGUUUCAGAGUCAGAACUACUGUUCUGUUUGGAGACAAGGAGGGUUUGCAAACGCAGCCAUACAUCUGUCCUCUGUGAUUCAGAAUAUGUCUUGCCACGUAAAUCAGAGUAGACUUUAUGUCCAGGCAAGAGCUCCAUUUUCUGAAAUGCUGAAAUUUUCAAGCUGUAAUAAGCACCUGCUGGAGCUUUAGUUUAGUUUAGUAAUGUGGAUGUUGUGGUUGCAACUAAGCAGCUGCAAUAGAUGCCUGACCAAUCUUUAUAGCCCUGGAUUUAAUGAAUCAGUCACAAAUGAAAGCAAACAAAGUUCUGUGACAUGGACAGACACCUUGACUUUUUCGUGCUUUCAGCAAAGUUUAAACUUGCCAGUGACCUGAAGGCAUACUCCUUUAUGCUCUCUGAGCUGCCAGUGAUUUAUGUGGAGCACAGAAUGUGUUUUUAAUGUAGCUUUCUCAGGCCUUGCUCCAGACACGAAGCUAUUAUGUGAUGUUCAUCUCAUCCACUUGCCAUCAGAGGAGUGCAGAUCUUGCACUUGGUUUUAUUACAGCCCUUGCUGCUGUGUGCUUGAUGGCUACUUCUUGUUAAUUUGUGCACAGGCCAGGCAAGCUAACAGCAGCGUCUCUGUGUGACAGGGUCCAGUCAGAUUAAUCAAGACUUGCUGAAUCCCAGGCACUGCGGUAAAAGAUGUUUUCUCUGACAGCUGAACAAAUUAUUUCUCAUUUAUUUUACAUCUGUACCAGGUUAAUGAUGAAUAAAUAGGGUUUGUACCUGGCUGGGAAUGUUUAUGACAUUUUUGCAAGAAUGAGCCAUGAGCAGUUUUGAUUAAGGACUCUUGACCAAAGGUUAGGAAGGGCUUUUCAGCUUCUCUCCUCCAUUUGAAGAAUAAUCAUUUCUCAGGUUUGUGGGCCUCCAGUGCUGUCACACACUGUAGAGUGAAUAUAGAGAUUAAAUAGUUUUCUAAAGAUAGAAGCACGGACAAUGUGCUAAUAUUUCCACUGUACCUUCGCAGAGGCUGACAAUGUCCUUGCACAUGACUUGUUCACAGCAUCCUUAGAUUACAGCCUGCUUGUCUGCUUUUCCUCCUUUUUCUCCUUCAAAUCAGUAGUGUUGUGUUUUCCUCUAGGAUCCUGUGCUGCUGGUUACUUCUUCUCCCUUGAGGGAACAUUAUGUAGUUCUGUUUGGGGUUUGCCGUGAGUCUGUAUGGCCAGGAAUCAAAAACUACUAUGCACACAGCAUAGAGAAAUGCACUUAAGAUUGCUUGGUUUUCAGUCUCAGAGAAGGCAGCGAGCGUGGUGGGAUAUUCACCUUGCCUGACCUGAACUGCUAAAAUUUGGGCUGUAACUCCAUGGCGACUCAAGCAGUGAUGGCUGGCUGUGCAGCCCAGCCCCCUUCUUGCACUUCAGCCCUUCCUCCAUGUGAUCUCUGGCACUGGCUUGCUCAUGCCCUGUGCCGUUUUGGCACUUCAGGCUGGCAAAACCUAACCUGGCAACAAAGACAACUGGCUCAUGCCAACAGAGCCAUGGGAAUCUCAGAGUCAAAGCAAAGGAGGGGAACACAGCAGGGCCCUUUUGGUGCCAGACGGCUCUUGAGUAGGCCCAGCAGUCCCCUGAAGCCUCAGCCAAGCUGGGAGGUGGCAUUGCUGGGGAUGUGACGGGCUCCUGGGGAGCAGAACAGCAGUGCAGAGUGGUCACCCACCAUUAGUGUGUUCAGUAAUGAAGAACUUUGGCUGGAAAUACUAUUUCUCAGUUCGCUGGCCGUAAGAUUGCACAACCUUGCACGCAGUUUGGCACACCUGUCUUUGCUCAUCUGAAGCAACAUCUGCAGAGAUCAGGGCUGAGCAGAUCUGGCAGUUUUGAGAGCAGUUAAUCUCACUUUGAUUCCCCAUCCUUUGGAUGGUAGUGAAACAUCUGGCAGCUUGCCCCUCUUGACAAAAUUCUCUAUCCUGUGUGAUUCAGGAAGAGAAACUUAGUGAUCCAGGUGGCCCAGCAAAAGAAAAAGAAAAGAAACGUGUUGCUAUGUAGUAUUUGAUUCUAUACAGUGCAAAUGUUCGGAUCUGUUAAUUUGUCUGAGUUAAUUAAUCACAUAGAACUUGACGCAUUGUGGACUCGGUAGCAGAACAGCAGCCAGAAAUGGCCACGUUCAUAGAAUGUUUGAUCUGGAGAUCUUUGUCCUGUCACUCUCCUAUGACAAAUCUGUGGAGCGAGAUCCUGAAGAUGCACACAGCUGUGCCUCCAGGGGCUCUUAGGUCUGUAAAGCCCACGUCCACUUGUGUGCGCAGAUAUGUGCAGUAUCAAGGACUAUCCCAUUAAGUGCUUUAUUCUGAAACAGCUUUAUUUGAAACAGCUGAUUAGUCACUUGUGUGCUGUAAUCCUUGGACACAGUAAACUUCUUACACAUGCACUUGCUGCUUGAAUGUAUCUUUGCUGCAAAUAUUCACAGCCAGGUAAUCCUUUAUCUCACAAUGCUUCAGCAGCUGGUCUUUCUCCUCUCCAGGUCUGCUAGCCAAGAAUAGCAACAAAGACCUGUUUUUACUCCAUCAAGCUUGGCUCUCUUGAUUUCAGAUUGUAUCAUUUUAGGGAGGAAAGUCAUUCUCUGAAUUUCAAAGUUCCAAAGUUUUAAAGGCUGCUGAUCUCUUGGGAUAUUCUGGAGAAAUCAUUUGAGGCUUUCAGCUACAAGGCACAAUGAGUGGGAAAUUUAUAUUUAUUAAGCUUUGUUCCAGGUUUUCAUCAGGCUCAUAUUAAGUGUUUCUUAAUUGGCUCUAAAUUAUAAUAAUGGCCAAGCAGAGCAUGAAAAGAUCUGCAGCAUACCACUAAACAAAGGCACUAUUACUGUUAUUUAGUAGUCUCUUUCAUCAAGUCAUACUGCAGAACACCUUCCUAUUCCUGAGCCUUGGCCUACAAGGGAACUACCCCUUGUUACUGGGUGGCUGUGCACCAGUCCAGCUGGGCAGUGGUCUCUGCACAUUCUUCAUGUCAAGCAAAUGCAAGCAAUAUGACAAGAGCUUAAACCAUUAGGAUUACAUCAGUCUGAAUUUGCUGUAGACCAAGGAGCCAUGCAUUAAUUAUAUUUAUUACCGUGAUGUAUGACAAUUUACUGAGCUAACAUCCCUGUGUGUGUGAGUAGUAACUGCCCUUCAGUGGCCAGUGUUGGCACAUACUGGUUGAAGGACGAAAACACUCCAACUGGGCUUCUCUAUUGCAGAUACCAGAACUACUGGAGCUUCUUUUAUUCCUUGUUGAAUACAGGAAGGAAUGACGUUUUUGCAUUGCCAUCACAUAAUCAGUAAUGUAGCCUUUUGCUAAAUUCUGAGGUAGAUUUAGCAGUAUAACAUGCCACAUAAGUUGCUGCACCUGAUACCAUUUUGUCUUGUGGUUUCUUUUUCUUCCUAUUUCUUCUUGCUGCUUUCCAUUGAGGGAGACAACUCAGAAAACUGAGUGAUGGAAUUAUUUAAUGAUUACACCAUUAAUUCAUGGUACUGUGGCAAGAGGCCAUCAGAAUGAAUAACGCUAAUGGCUGGGACAGGAUAUUCUAGUCUAAGACAAGAUUAUGGAUUUUCAGUUCUUCAGAGUUUGCUUUAGUUUCUGACAAGGAGAGGUUUUGUCACAGCAAGUCAGCAUCCUGCUAGGUUUUUCAGCUCUGGGCUCAGCUGUGAGUUGUUUCCCUAACAAUACCCUUCUACUUCUCAUUGUAUUUAUUGGUAGUGCUUAUGGUACAGAAUCAUUCCUAAAUUCUUGUGAAACUGAAAUGCAGUAGCUGAAUUUUCUGUGUGUUUUGUAUGCAUAUUUUAUAUAGUAGCUUUGGAUGUAUUCUUUAUGUUAAUAUUCUUAAUGUUCUUUUCUUCAAGCAUUAAAUUAAAUUUAUUUUAAAAUAUUCACUGCGUUUUAUUCCACCAGAGUAAGCUGCAGGGAAAGUUAUAUAAUCACGCACACAGACACAGAGUGGCUGAGGGUGAAGGGACCUUGGAGAUCAUCUGGUCCAAGCCCCCUUCUCAAGCAGGGACAUCUAGAACGCGUUGCACAUGAUCACAUCCAGGCAGGUUUUGAAUAUCUCCAGGGAAAAAAACUGCACAAUCCCCCUGGCAGUGUGUUCCAGCGCUCUGUACCCUCACAGUACAGAAUUUUUCUUCAUAUUCAUGUAGAACUUGCUGUAUUUCAGUUUGUGCCUGUGGCCUCUUGCCCUGUCACUGGGCACCAUUGAAGAGAGUCUGGUCCCAUCCUCUUGACACCCUCUUAUAUUUAUAAGUUUAGAUAAGGUCCCCUUCUCCUCAGGCUAAACAGGCCCAGCUCUCCCAGCUGUUCUUCCAGAGAGGUGCUCCAGUCUCAUACUCAUCCUUGUAGCUCUCUGCUGGACUCUCUCCAGUAACUCCACGUCUCUGUACUGGAGGCCCAGCACUGGACACAGCACUCCAGGUGUCCCUCCUCUGGGGCUGAGAGGGAAGAUCACCUCCCUCAACUUCUUGGCAGUGCUUCUCGCAGUGCACCCUUAAAAUAACAAUGAUGCAACCCAAAGUCAUUUUAAAGGGUUUCUGACUGAUUUCUACAAGGGUAUUUUCAUUAGUCCUUUGGACAGGUUUUUUGUAGAUUUACCUUUCCAAGGCAGGGCUAACAGACCACCUUUGCUUCUGGUUUAGGUCAAGAAAUACAAGCAAGGAGACUGGUAAAUGGCAAGGUUCUACAUAGAACUAUUGCUAAGGGAUGCCAAGUGUGUGUUUUCUUCUUUUUCAGAGAUGUGGCAAAAUGUAAUUUCCACAGUAGCUGCUUUUUCUUUCCUUUUUUUUUUUUUUUUUCUUUCCCAUAGGUUUCAUUGUCUCUCAAAAGGGCACUGAUUGCAUUCAUUUCUGUUCCAAUCUCUUCAAUGCCAUUGUCCAAGCAGAGCUUCCCCAUCCUUGGAGCUGGUAUCGUGUUCCUCAAGCACCAAACUGUGUGGAGCUGCUAGCACAGGCUCUGCAGUUGCUGUUUCCAAAAAGGUUCUCUCAAAUUCUCUCAGUGCUGAAUUUAUUUAUGUUUUCAGAUGUGAACUUGAUAUUGUCUGUUUGCACAUGAGUAGCGUGCGUGCAGCCUAACAUAGAAGUGUCUCUACGCAGGAUUUAGGAGGAGGCAUGGAAAGCCCCUCAAACGUGUGUGUGCUUUUAUUACAGAAAACCAAGAUAAAGUUGUAUUGUUGAGACAUCUGUUAGCUGGUUUAUGUUAUGCUUUGUUUUCAUGUUUUAAGUGCCUAAUGAUUUUUUUUGUCAAGGAGGCAAUGGUUUCACUAGUAUAAUGCGUACUUGGAAUUCUGCACUUGUUACUUGCUCUGUAAUAGAAUAUUUUUGCAGUUUCUGUUUGGAAAUAAAGAAUUAUUAGCCAUAA